UGCUCAUCACAGCAGCUCCUCUCGUUUCUCUCAUUUCAUUUUAUAUUUCAUUCUAAACAAAACAAAACAAAAAAACUGAAUCUACACGCUCAAACUAAGGAGUACUUUUGGGGAAAAACUUUAUUUUAAUUUGUUUGUUUUUUUUAAAAAUUGGAUUCAUUUAUUUUAAUUGUUUUUAUUGGGCUCGACUGUCGACUUAAAGGUCAUCAUGUCCUGGGGCGCCCUGUACGCCCAGCUGGGCGGCGUCAACAAACACUCGACCAGCCUUGGCAAAAUCUGGCUUUCGGUGCUGUUCAUCUUCCGUAUCACCAUCUUGGUGCUGGCCGCCGAGAGCGUGUGGGGCGACGAGCAGUCCGACUUCACGUGUAACACGCAGCAGCCGGGCUGCAAGAACGUCUGCUACGACCACUUCUUUCCCGUGUCACACAUCCGUUUGUGGUGCCUGCAGCUGAUCUUCGUGUCCACGCCAGCCCUGUUGGUGGCCAUGCACGUGGCCUACCGCAAGCGGGGCGACAAGCGUACCAUGCUAGCGUCCAACGGCACCGAAAAACCCAGCGACGUGGACCUGGAGACACUGAAACGGCGGCGGCUACCCAUCACGGGCACGCUUUGGUGGACGUACACCUGCAGUCUCUUCUUCCGCUUGGUUUUCGAGGGCGGCUUCAUGUACGCACUCUAUUUUGUCUACGACGGCUUCCAGAUGCCGCGCUUGGUCAAGUGUGAACAGUGGCCCUGUCCUAACAAGGUGGACUGCUUCAUCUCACGGCCCACCGAGAAGACAGUCUUCACUAUCUUCAUGGUGGCAUCGUCAGCCAUUUGCAUGAUUCUCAAUGUGGCCGAGCUAGGCUACCUGGUGGGCAAGGCGGUCAUGCGUUGCGCUAGCCGGCGCCGCAACCGGAGACUGUCUUACAACCGCAACGAAACCGUCAUGAGGGACAACGCCGCCCUGCAGAACAAGAAGAACGAGCUGCUGCUCUCUGUGCCCUCCUCGGACUCGUCCGUUCGCAAGACCGUGUGCUGAAUGAACACACGCAGCCUGGACCUGGAUGCUUUUAGAACCCGUACGAGUACGGAAGUCUCAAAACAAUCAUUUCCGAUGCAAGGUUGCCAACCGUGCAAAAGUGUUGGGAUACACCUCCAAAUCAAUUCGUUAUUCAGGGCUUGCGAAAAGACGACGCUAGGCUCCAAAAGUUCCUUUUUGCAAGACACCGUCGGUUUGAAUUUGUAUCGGGAGCCAAAAAAUAGUAUCGAUACAACACUAAUGUUAGGCCUUAAAAAUACGUACAUUUCCCAAAGAAAAUAUUUUACCAAAGUGCAAGUUGCAUUCCAGCACAAAAAUGGUUGUCGUCAUUAGUAGUUUCCCCAUAUGAAUGCAAUAUAUUUACAUUAAAUCCACACAUUUUUACACAAAUAGCGGACAGCGAUGAAAAUGGAGGGCUACUAAUACUUUAUGAUGAGGGAACAUCAUGGUACCGUAUUUUUCGGAAUAUAAACCGCUACUUUUUUCUCGUCAUUUCUACCCUGCGACUUUUAUAAGGAAGUGGCUUGUUCAUGGAUUUUUUUUUGUUUUAACUAGGGCUGUCUAACGAUUAAAUUUUUUAAUCGAGUUAAUCACAGCUUAAAAAUUGUAAUUAAUCGCAAUUCAAACCAUCUCUAAAAUAUGCCAUAUUUUUCUGUAAAUUAUUGUUGGAAUGGAAAAAUAAGUAGUGAUUGAAAUUACACCACAAGGUGUCAAUGGCGAGUUUUAAAUUAGAGAUCUAGCCAAGUCAAAGUCUGAGUAAGUUUGAUGUGUAUUUUGCAUAGUUAUUUUGAUUGGGAAUGCCAGUUCUCUUUGCGUUGAGCGCUUUUCUUUUUGAGAACAUUUUUUUUUUUUUAAAGAUAGGAAUAUUAUUUUUGUUGUGCUUUCACUAAAUGAUAGUGUAGCAACUUAGCUGUUCUGCCCAAAUGCAUGCUGGGAAGUUGUGCAAGCAUGACUGUCAGUAGUGGCUGCAAAUAAUAUACAAUAUGGUCUGCGUUGUGUUAAAUUAAGCGUGUUAAGAAAAAGAUAGUCUCCCGCUCCGCCCAAAUGCAUGCUGGGAAGUUGCGCAACCAUGACUGAUAGUAGCGACUGCAAAUAGUAUACAGUAUAUUCUGCGUUGUGUUCAAUUUAGCGUGAUAAGAAAAGGAUCAUCUCCUGCUUUGCCCAAAUGUUUGCUGCGAAGUUGGGCAACCAUGACUGUCAGUAGUGGCUGCAAAUGGUAUACAGUAUGUUCUGCAUUGUAUCAAUUAAGCGUGUAAGGGAAAAAAAAGGCCUGAACGUCAAUGAACGCCUGUGUCCACUUGUAUUUCUCUGUCUUUUCGCUCCCACUGUGCUAAAACAAC